UCUAGAACCCUAAAUGCGACGAUGGGGUUCGAUCCGGGCUCCCAGGGAGGCGGUGGAAUGCGUCGUGAUCGGCGCGGGCAUCGUCGGGAUGGCGAUCGCGAGGCAGCUCGCCAUCGCAGGGAAGAAUGUCGUGGUUGUGGAAGCUGGAUCCGCAGUAGGGACAGGCACCAGCUCCAGGAACAGUCAAGUAAUCCAUGCCGGGAUCUACUAUCCCGUUCGAUCGCUCAAGGCCGCUCUGUGCGUUCUAGGGAACAAGGCGAUGUAUUCCUACUGCCAGGAGCGAUCCAUUCCUUUCAAAAGAUUGGGGAAGUUGAUCGUGGCCACUUCGCUCCAGCAGGCGAAGACGCUACUUCGAUUGCAAGAGACUGGUGUUGCAAAUGGCGCCGAGGAUUUGCGGAUGAUCACAGCUGCUGAGGCGAUGGCGAUGGAGCCCGAGCUGAAUUGCGUGAAAGCGCUGUGGUCGCCAUCCACGGGAAUUGUUGAUAGUCACUCUUUAAUGCUCUCACUCCAGGCAGAUGCCGAGGAGAAAGGCGUAGCACUCGCGCUCAACAGCACUGUUCUCGGUGGCACAGUUCGAUCCGACGGAGGACUGGACAUCGUCGUCCACGAGACAAGCAGCGCUGCAAACAAAUCGGUUGACGAGCUCGUAAGCACAGCUGAGAUGGUACUCUCCGCAAGCUAUGUGAUCAACUCCGCCGGCUUGCACGCAACAGCCAUCGCUCGAAACAUUGAAGGCUUGAGCAGCAGUAGCAUUCCCGAGAACUACUUUGCCAAAGGGAACUACUUCGCCAUUUCGUCCUCCAAGGCACCGUUCUCGCGCUUGAUCUACCCGGUUCCCGAGGAAGGAGGUCUCGGAGUACACUUGACUAUCGACCUUGGAGGUGCCACAAGAUUUGGACCGGACGUUCAGUGGCUAAAACUUUCGACGACAAGCGUGACAACCGAGUUUGACUACAGUGUGGAUCCAGCGAGAGCUCGCAGCUUCUACCCAGAGAUUCGGAAAUACUUCCCAGGACUUCCGGAUGAAAGCUUGGUUCCAGAUUACUCCGGAGUGCGUUCCAAGCUCUGUGGGCCUGGCCAGGGAGGAAGUGGCUGCUCCGACUUCAUGAUCCAAGGAAAGAAGGAUCAUGGCAUUCCAGGCCUCGUCCAUCUAUUCGGGAUUGAGUCGCCGGGCCUGACCGCGUGUAUGGAAAUCGCCAAGCGAGUUUGCCAAAUUCUUUAGGCUGACACGUUGUGGCAUGCCACUAGUUCGGAACUGGUUACUUGAGGGAGCGCAAGAGCUGGUCAGCUUCGAGCGUGAGGUAUGUUCUUCUAACUAGCAAGGAUGUGUUAGUAGCCACUGGAUUACAAAUGAGAAGGCCUCUUGCUGUGCAAAAGUUUUGGAGUUUGAUCUGCGAAGGAGAUGCAGCCUGGAUAGAACUCCAUCAAUUCGAAACAAACGCUUUGCCACUUUUCAGGAA